GGGUCGUUUAGUCUGGCCCCGGUUUCAUGACUGCUACCAGCGGCCACCUCUCUACCACCUGGGUCUGGUGGCCCCGCUCUUACGCCCAGGAGGGUAACCAGUGGAGAGUCUUUCAGCGACCACCACCUCUAGGGUGCAGGAGUCUGGUCUUCCUGGGCGAGAGGGCUCCCCGCGUCUGGUCACAGCUGUCCCUGAGGGUGAGGGAACCGGAAGCGGAAGUCACAGAGGUCACAUCCUGACAGCAUGGAGCCAGAGGACGGAUUCAUCCCUGUAUCUCUAAGUCACCACAUGGAGCACAGCUACCCUGAACUUGUGUUUUGAGAGUGAGAGCUCAUAUCCUGACUGCCCGCGUCCCACCUCCAUUUCUGAGCUGUGGCCAUCACUAAUGUGGACGCUUCCUCACCUUUCUUUUCUACCUCCACUCUGACCCUGGGGAUUAAAGGAGGUCAUUGUCACAUCAUCAUUGGCCAGCCAAUCAGGUGGGCGUCUCCCUCCAGGGACCUCCUUGUGCCCGAGGAGUUCUCAGCCUGCUUCAGUGGAAGAAGGGAGCCACGAAGGAGGCCUGGCAUAAGUCCAAAGAUGAUAAUUACAACAUGGAUUGUGUACAUUCUCGCCCGGAAAGGUGCCGGGUUCCCCUUCCCACCGAAAGUCAGUUCGGACGUGGAAGUUGUGGAGAGCGAGGCUGUGUCUGUAGUACAGCACUGGUUGAGAAAGACUGAAGAAGAGGCUUCCCAGGACAUAAAGGAAAAGGUGUCCACCAGCUGCCCUCCCAUGCAUGGCCAAGAUGUACGUGUGACCAGAGACGCGGUGAAGCACCACCUCUCAAAGUCUGGUUUGUUAACAAACCAGAGUCAGGAGGUCCUGGAGGAAAGAACAAGAAUCCAGUUCAUAAGAUGGAGCCAUACCCGUAUCUUCCAAGUGCCAAGCGAGGUGAGAAAUGAUGCCAUGCGAGAACGGAUAGAGCAGGUGAGACGAAGCAUAUGCCAUCUUACGGAUGAGGCAUCUCAGGAGCUUCACGAGAGAAAUUCCUACUCAGACUGCUGAGAGCAGCAGGCUGAUGCCCUUCAGGGUCAAGGAGCAGCCUGUGUCGGAAGGAUGUUCACCCGCCCUUGACCUGAGGAGCGACCACACCUGGGCAGAGGGAAUCCAGCGGGUGAGCCUUCCUUGUGACAGUGGCAGCACUGGAGUCUUCUUGCUGAACUGCUGAUAAAGAGAUGCACUAUUUAA